AUGGCCACUCCCGAAGCAACAACUGCUGCUCCCAACAGCACAGCUGUGCAGGACGAGGUUUCUAGUGUUGUUCCAGACAACGGGGAGACGAAGCCCGCUGCUGAGCCUGCUGCGCCAACCGAGGCCACGCCGGCCACUGCCGAAACUCCAGUUGUCGUCGAGGCAGCUGCGGGUGUCGAUGUACCGGUGGAGAAGAAGUCCACCCCGAUCGAAGAGCUUUGGGCGCUCGCAAAGGCGCACGAGCACCCCGAGAUCUGGGGGGUCACACUCGCAGACCCGGCUACCCAUGUCCCGACCCAGGUCAUCCUGCAAAAGUAUCUGAAUGCCUACGACGGGGAUCUCGCCAAAUCCAAAGAGACGCUGACCAAGACGCUGGACUGGCGGGCCAAAAUGAAACCAAUGGAGUUGGUCAAGAAGAAGUUCAACCGCAAUAAGUUCGCUGGGUUGGGAUACACAACGGUCUACGGUGAUGCCGACGCGGCGGCCGACCCGGAGGCCAGAGAGGUGUUUACUUGGAACAUCUACGGGAGUGUCAAGAAUCUGGACGAGACGUUUGGAAAUCUGGCCGACUUCAUUGAAUGGCGAGUGGCCCUGAUGGAAGAUGCCCUGCAAGUGCUGGGAAUCGACAAGGCGACCAAGCCGAUUACCGCGACCUACGACCCGUACAAGAUCCUUCAGGUGCACGAUUACAAGUCGAUCAGUUUCCUUCGCCAGUCUCCCGUUGUGAAGGCGGCCAGCACCGAGACGAUCAAGAUCUUCGCGCAGAACUACCCGGAGUUGCUCAAGGAAAAGUUCUUUGUGAAUGUUCCUGCAUUCAUGGGCUUCAUCUACACGUUCAUGAAAUUGUUUGUGGCCGCAAAGACGAUCAAGAAGUUCCACCCGAUGAGCAACGGCGCCAACCUGGCCCGGGAGAUGGCGACGAGCAGCAAGGUGACAGGGUUGGGAGAGAUGCUGCCGAAAGAAUACGGUGGGAAAGGAGAAGAUCUCAGUGCUGCCGGGAGACAGCCCACUCUCGAGGAUGAGGCUGCGACUGAGACUCCGGCUGCGGCUGCGGCGCAGUAA